ACAUUUCGGGGAGAAGCUCAAAGCUGUGCCUUGGCGCCGCCAAUUUUCCUUGAUACCAUGGAGCUGACGAGGCGGCGCUGCCAAAGCAUUUUGGCUCUUGCCGCCUUCGCGCUGGCCUGGCGGCCCGGCAUGCAGGCCUUUGCGGGCGCGACCCGUGCCCUGUGGUCUCUAGCGCAGAGAACCGAUAUCAGGCUGUUGCAGCCAACCGCCCGGCGAGCUGUCAUGGAGCCCCCAACUAGGAUGCGCCCUCCAGAUGUGGAGGAUGCCGUACGAUCCAAGGCCAAAGAUUGGGCAGAGUGUUUAGUGCAGUUCGGCGGCAACUCCUAUGAUGCACAGGAGGCUUCCGCCGGAGGGACGCACUUGAUGGCUGUGAGUGUGUGA